GAUAUGUUGCGAUUCUAACUAGCCACACACUAGCAUUAAAGCCACGAAAAGAUGCGCCUUCACGGGAUUAAAACAAUAAAACAAACAACAAGAAGUCUGGAAAAACUUUGCCCAACUGUGCCCAAACUUUGAUAGAUUACAACCCAAAUCACUUCCCUUCAGUUUCGAGUGUGUUAGCAUUGUUUUAUCUCACCACUAUUGCCAUUGGACGCGUUUUUUUUUCUUCUGGAGCAGUCCAGUCUGAUGAAUUCACCGAAAAAAGACGGAGAUGAUGAUGUGCCCGUUAAAGACCCGGUAAAAUACGGCGAAUUGGUCAUUUUGGGGUACAAUGGCUCUCUUCCAAGCGGGGACCGUGGCCGCAGAAAGAGCCGCUUCGCCCUGUACCGAAGGGCCAAGGCCAACGGCGUCAAACCCAGCGCUGUGCACAUCCUCAACACGCCACAGGACAGCAAGGUUGUCCACAGCAGGGGGCAGCACAGCAUCUCUUUCACUCUGUCCCGUAACCAGACAGUGGUGGUGGAGUACUGCCAUGACAACAGCACAGACAUGUUCCAGAUUGGACGCUCCACAGAAAGUCCCAUCGACUUUGUGGUGACAGACACCUCCGGAGGGGGGAAGGAGGGGGAGGACCCCUCCAUCGCUCCCAGCACCAUCUCACGUUUUGCCUGCAGAGUGGUGUGUGAACGCAACCCACCUUACACUGCGCGGAUCUACGCUGCUGGCUUUGACUCCUCCAAAAAUAUCUUCUUAGGGGAAAAAGCAACCAAAUGGAAAAACCCUGAUGGACACAUGGACGGCCUGACCACCAACGGGGUGCUGGUGAUGCACCCAGAGGGGUUCCCAGAGGACCCCAAGCAGGGUCUGUGGAGGGAGAUCUCUGUCUGCGGGGACGUCUACGCCCUACGGGAGACACGCUCUGGUCCCAGCCGGGGCAAACUGGCAGAGGGCGAGAGCAGUGCACUACGUGACGGUUCUCUGGUUGACCUGUGUGGUGCCACCCUGCUGUGGCGUACGGGGGAGGGGCUCAUGCGUGCACCCACCCUGCGUCACCUGGAGGCACUUCGCCAGGAGCUCAAUGCGUCCCGACCCCAGUGUCCUGUAGGCCUCAGCACACUGGCCUUCCCCAGCCUGCCACGCAGCCACAGCCUUGAAGAGCGUCAGCCUUGGGUCUACCUCGCUUGUGGCCACGUCCACGGACGCCACGACUGGGGCCAGAGAUCUGAAGGAGUGGUGGAGCCAGGCGAGGGCGAGGGCUCCACAACCCGCCGAGAAUGUCCCCUGUGCAGGAGCGUGGGUCCCUACGUGCCCCUGUGGCUGGGCUGCGAGCCUGCUGUGUACGUGGACGCUGGAUCCCCCACUCACGGUUUUGUCCCGUGCGGCCACGUCUGCUCGGAGAGGACAGCCAGGUACUGGGCCGAGACCCCGCUCCCCCACGGGACGCACGCCUUCAGACCCGUCUGCCCCUUCUGCUCCACUGCCCUCAGCACCCCCGGCUGGACGCGGCUCAUCUUCCAGGGCCCCAUCGACUAGUCGCCACUCCUCAGCAAACCACUAUCACAGUAACACAAAGACGCCAGAGCUUCAUUCAGGUUGCUGACGUUGGUCAGUGGUCAGUUAGUGGUUAGGAGUGCUUAACAAACGCUGUCUAACGUUGUAACUGAAUGCAGCUCCAGGCUGAAGAACCCCUCCCUCUGUUUAUCCUUAAUGCUUGCUGACUGGUAUAAGAUCUGGAGAAUAGGUGGAAAAAACUCGACAGAACUAUUAAUACUCUCAUUAAUCUCAGCUCUAAAUUAUAUCCAGCUCUGUCAGGAAAUAUUCUGCUGUUUUUCAUUCCAACACUACACUUUAUCUGAUGAUAUAACUGUAUAUACACAGGAGCCUAAACGAUGCUGCUUGACCCUUUUAAAACAAUUACUUUCACCCCGUUAUCCAAUAACACCUGUCACUAAUUCUACACGAUGUCAUAUUAAACAAAUAGAUCUUUUAUUUGCCUGUUUCAAAAGCCAUGUACGAAAUGAUAAGUAGCUUUUUGCACAUAAGAAAGGAAUGGCCUUUUUUACUCAAUUCUGCAGCGUCUCUGCAGCGCCUGUGUGUCCUUAACUCGGUGAAACGCCACCUCUUGCACUUCUCGGGCUAACAUCCGAAUACUUGUUAAUUUCUAAAACAUGUUACUGUAAUUGUUGUGAAAUGCUGCCACUCAUCAAAGAGUAAAACCCAUCUGGUGUCGGCUUCUGCAUAAGCCACCUUCACCUUUAUUUCACACAGUCUCUUUAUAGAUUUGCACGCUGAUUUCCCUGUCUUCCAUUCUGGAUGACCAGCAGGUUUAUUUGUAUAGCUGCAGUCUCAGUUUAACUACUUUUGAUAAACGUGGGAUGUUACAAGGUGAGAUCAGAGGCUUAUUUUCAGUAUCUCAAGCUCCAGUGAUUCAUGAAGGAUAAAAUAUUAACCAUUCUUAAAAUGACUAUAUAGAGUCUUCAUCUUUUGUCUUCAUGCAUCUUUUUAGUGUGAAAUCUAUGCAGAGAGACCCCGUCAAUGAGACCCCGUGUGUCAUAUUAGGUUGGAAUGAAAACCUGCAGACUCUUUGAUUAUCUCUGAAGUACUAGAGGGAACACUACACGCUUUCUGAUCACACCACAAAGAAUUCACCUCUUUGAGCCAGAUCUCAUCCUGAUUAUCAAGCAGAUGUAGGAUAAGCACAGGCCGGGAAGAAAACUGGGUAUAAAUCCACUUCAUAACUCUCUACAGCAAUAAUAGCACUCCCACAGAUAAGCUAGAUGUUGUGCUAUGUUUAGCCAAGUGUUAAGUCGGCGGGCGCUUUGAACAUGGCUGAAAUGGUUUCCAGGUUAAGGGCUCAACCAGAAGCGUGUUCAAUAUCAUGAGUGGUUUGAUUUCUAAAUGUGGUGUUGUAUGUGUGUGUGUGUGUGUGUGUGUGUGUGUGUGUGUGUGAUGUAACCAAAGCACUAGAAGUUAAAGAUGAGCAAUGAAUCAGUGAAUUAACACCUGACGUAUAUUUCAUUACAGAUGCAUUAUUAGCCUCAACGUGCUAACAGAAAUUAGCAUAUUUAGGCUGCAGAAGAACACAGCAGCUGUCACAAAGUAAUAUUUUGCUUUGCUACUGUUGUGUUUAUACAGCCUGGUGUCUUUAAAAGUUAUAUUCCCAUACAACAAAACUGCAUACGUUACAAGGGAUUUUCUUCCCGACCAUGUUUGUUAUUCAGGUAUCAUGAAAGCCUGUAAGUCUGCAUAGGAAGAAUGUUUGGAUGGAUGGAGGGAGGGGACAAACAAACAGGACUUUCAUUCAGGAGACCUCUGUUUCUGUCCAACAUGAAACCAAAUAUAACUUGUUUUUCUAACUUAAGUUACAAAUUUACCUAUUUUAACCCAAACGGCAAUCUUUUCAUAAACCCUUCCAGUUAGUUACACUAGUGUUCAAAAUAAUAGCAGUCCAAUGUGACUAACCAGAUUAAUCCAGGUUUUUAGUAUAUUUAUUAUUGCUACAUGGCAAACAAGGUAACCAGUAAGUGCAGUAGAUUAUCUUCUCGAUACAACUAAAUAUUAGUUUAGUGAUUCACAGGAUUGCUAAAUCCUAGAAACAAAAAAGUUUGUACAACAUAGUUUAGAGUUUGUAAAGUCAACGGCAGACACUGCUAUUUUUUUGAACACACCCCUUUGAAGCAAUUGCCCAAUUGCACAGCCUUAAGAGCUGCAUAUCACGAAUGCUGGGUCUUGUUGGUUUUCUGAGAAUCUACUGCA